AUGAAAGUCAAAGGAUGGGCAGCGCCUGAAAUUGUUCUGAAGUCCCCAAUUGGCCUGGGGAACAUUUCUCCGCAAAUACUAAAGAAGACUCUGCAGCGGGGCAUUGAGUUUAACCUUCUUGUGGUGGCUGAAAAGGGAAUUGGCGCAAAGACACUUGUUUCCUCCAUUUACAACAUGUCUGUGUUUCCGCAGAAAACCCACGGGCACUCCCCCGACCUCACGGAGCACGAAAUGGUUAUGCAGUCUGGAGACAUCACGCUGAAGCUCAAGAUAUUCAUGUACCGGGGAAAGUCUGCCAGCGAUGUAAAGGACUUCCUGGUAGAGCGGAACACAAUGUACAACAAAAACAACAUUGGGCUAAGGCGGGAGAGAAAGGAAGACCCCAGAAUACACGCGUCUCUGUUCCUGGUCUCUCCCUUCGAGUUCAAAAAGCAGGACAUAGACAUUCUCCAGGUGCUGUCCGAGCACACAAACACGCUUCCCGUCAUCCCGAAGAGAGACAUAUUUACGGCCCAGGAGCUGGAGGCGUACAAGGAGAGAAUACGAAAGCAGAUCGCCUCCAGCGGGAUAAUCGUGUGCAGCCUAAUCCCCGAGGGAAUAGACAUUCUUUCUGUGGUCGCAAGCACGAGCCUGGUGAACCUUGGGGGGCAGGCCGUUCGAGGGCGCGAGUACAGCUGGGGCGUGAUAAAUGCGGAAGACCCCGUUCUAUCCGACCUGGCCCUGAUCACGCAGAUAUUGCUGUCCGUGCAUCUGAUAGACCUUAAAAAGAAGACUGUGCGCUUCUACCAGACGUGGAAGGAGGCUGUCCGCUCGGAGCUUCCCUGCCUAGAAGCCCAAGACAAAGAGCUUCUCAAGGAAAUCGAGCACACCAUCACAGGAAACUUCAAAGCCAAGCUGGCUGCCCUGGAAAUGGAGGAUCGAAAAGUAGACCAAGCCGUGAAGUCUCUAGCAGACCCGCUCGUGCGGUGA